AUGGGGUUCCGCUCUGCCGUGACCGAGGUGGCGAAGAACAUCGUCCUCGGUGCACCGUCCACGCUGAAAAAUCAUCGCGCACAGAAUCACCAACGAGGAAAAAACGGACGAGACGAUGAUGAGAUGGAACCGUUCGAUUUUUCCCACGAAGACGAAGCGCAAAGAUGCAUCGAAUUGCUCGAACACCUCUCGAACGCAAUCUUACCGGAAGAGACGCUCGAGGUGUUGAACCAACUGAGAGAUUGCGUGCGAGAAAGCAGAACAUCGCAAAUGGUCGCGGCGAAAGUUGGCGGCGUGGAUGUCAUCUUUGAGUGUUUGUUGGAGGAGAUGCAAGAGAGAGGAGCAAAGGAGGAGGAAACGAGCGAACAAGCGCACGCGGCGCUGGAAGUGUUGGUCGCCGCGAUGACGACGGAACACGAGGAGGAUUUGAAAAUAGUAAAAGAGAGGGAGAUGUUAGAAGAGAAGGCACGAGGGAAGAUGAUGAUGGGGAAGCAGCGCAUUGGGAAGGAGAGGCGAACGGCGAGCGAGAUGAAUCGAGAGGCGCUGGCCGCGAAGAGCGCGAACGUGUUCAGCAUGUUGCAAAUGAUAUCUUCGAACGAUUUUUACGUGAAGUAUCACGCGACGCAGAUUUUGUGCGCGAUGUCGAGCAGACGAAACACGAGGAAAAAAGUGCAAGAGGAAAUCGUAAAGUCGCCCGGAGCGUCGGAGGUGCUCGUGAAUAGUUGUUCGCCGAGGAAAGAGAAGAGCGAGGUGCUGAGAAACGAAACGUUGCUUUUAUUGGCGAGGUGCACGAAAGGGCACAGCGAGAUUCAAAAGUUAGUCGCGUUUGAAGGGAUGUUCGAAGUUGCGUUUGAUAUCAUACGCGCGGAAUCGUCGGGAGACGACGCUGGUUUUGCCGGAGAGAGCGUUUCGAACGGUUUAGACGGCGGGAUUGUCGUGCAGGAUUGCUUGGAAUUGUGUAAUAAUUUGAUCAGAGGAAACGCGUUGGCGCAGUCGUUGUUUCGAGAGAACGGGUGCGUGGGGAAGCUGGUGCAAUUUUUUAAAGGGUUGGAGAGACGGAUAGGAUCGGAUGUCGCGGCGGCGGCGUACCCGGCGCAGAAAGCCGCAAACGCCUUGUGCGCUUUAGAAUCCGUGUCUUUAUUAGUCGGCGCGGUAAACUUACCGGAGGAGGAAGAUAGUGAAUUUUCGCAAGACGCGGAAGCUAGAGAGAUAAUUUUAUCGAAUUUAGAGGAUAACCGAGAUACAAACCGGGGAGAAUUAGCGGCGAGAGGUGGGAUAGAGGCGUUGUGUACGUGCGCGCUCGGGAACGGCAAAGUAGAAUCAGCAGCCAUUCGAGUGGCGGCGUUGCGAGCUUUAAGAGACGCGGUUGAUUACCACGACGCGAAUCAAGCGAGAUUAUUUUCCGCGGAAGUUACGAGAGAGGCGAGGAAAGGGAGCGGCGUACCCGAACCAGCUUUGUUGGCGUUGGGGCGGACGGCGUUGAAGGCGGAGACGAAAGCGGAACGAGAAGCGGCGCUCAUGGCCUUGGAAAGUGCCGUGAGAGGUAACACGGAUGGACAAAUCUUACUCGUGAGUACGUUAGCGCCAACUGGGUUGGGUGGAUUUGACGACGGACAAAACGAGAACGAAAAUGACGGCGGCGAUGACGAUUUCGCGGGCGAGACGAGUUUAGGCGGCUUGUUCGCGCGCGCCAUGUUGAGAGCGACGUCGACAUCCUCCUCUUCUUCUUCUUCUGCGGGGAGGUUUAUCUCCGAGGACGAAAAAAAGCAGCAGUUUAUAGAAAGCUACGCGAGUACGAUUGCGUUGAAAGCGAUGUUGGAAGAUAACGAGGACGCGAAGAUGCGCGCAUUGAGGGUUAACUUGCAACCGCUUUCGGAAAUGGGAUCGGCGAAAUCUGCGGAACUUUUACUUCCGCGAUGCGUUCGCUCGCUCGCCAUCGCGCAAAAAAUGGACGACGCGAAUGGAUCUUUACAAAGUGCCAUUUUGCGUUUACUCAUCGCGUGGUUGAGUGAUUGCGCUUUAGCCGUGCACUCGUUUGUCACCUCGGACGCGUCGCAUCUUCCAACCUUGAGUGAUUUAGCUAAAUACUCUUCGUUAGAAGACGUUCGUACGCUCGCGUGCGUGUGUUUAGGAUGUUGUUUGGCAUAUUACGGCGAACAAGAUUACGCGAUUGCAUCUAAUGUGCUCGACGUGGUUGCCAGACGAAUCGGAACGAACGAUUUUUUAGCUACAAUUGAACACGCCACGCGCACGGACAACUUUAAGAGAGCUCUGCUCCCGCCGAAGCCGCCGCCAACUGUGACGAGAGCGACCGCGGCUUCUUUACUCGCGGAAUCGACGUCGUCGCCGAACGGAGGUCACGAUCAAAAGACGGGUACCACGAGUAACAAAGAUUUCAACCCGUACGAUUACAGUACGGCUCACUUUAUUCAGCGCUUCGAACCGGAAGUGCGCAGAGCCAUCGUUCGAUUAUACGGCGGCGAUUCGACGAAGGAUUCGAAUGCGAGCGGUAUGGGUGGUAUGAACGGAAUGCAAACGUCGCCGUUCGAUCGGCAAGAAGGCGAAGACGCCGAAUCGUACGCGAAGAGAUUAAAAUCGACGUGCGAACAGCUGGAUAACGAGUUACGCGUGGUAAGACAGAGAAACAAGACUCUCGCUGAAACCGUUGCAAAUACUCGCGCGCACGCAGAAGCGCCGGCGACCAUCGCCGUUGCCGCCCCGCCGGCAUCCCAAGUAGUGGUAGGACCAUCACCUUCCCUCGCUCCUCCUCCCCCUCCUUCUGUACAACAACAGCAGCAACAUCAGGACGACCCUCGCAUUGCACAGCUCGAACGCGAAAUCAAACUCAAAUCAAACAUCAUCCGCGAGAAAACCGAAGAGCUCAAAUCGCUCGCCUCCGCGUAUCAAGCCGUGGAAAACCAAUUCACCGAAGCCGAAGAAGAACUCCAAUCUCUUCGCAAAGCUCGAAGCGAAAACCAAUCCGACGCGGAAACGACCGCUCAGCUCCUUGAAAAUGCCAAAAAAGCCGGCAUCGCCCAGGGAUUGCGCGACGCCGAAAGCGAGUUCUCUUCUCGCGAAGACGCCACGCGCGCUCGACUCGACCUCGAGAAAGCGGAAGCGCUCAAAGAUUUACAAGAAGAGAUGGACGACUUGCUCGAGGUUUUAGGCAUGGAGGAAAAACAAAAGGAGUUUCUCUUCCGAACACUCGUCGAAAAGGGAGAGGAUAUGGACACGUUGGAGGAAAAGUUGGAGCAGUUGACCGCCAACAUCGAGGCGGAUGAAGGCGACGAAGACGAAGAAGAGAAGACUAUUUAG